UCCUGGACUCGGGUGGGUUGGGGGCACAACGACGACACUCCUCGCUGUCGCUUCCUCGCUUCGUCCACUUCGCUCGCCGCCUUCUCUGCGAUCCCAAAUGCGGUCGUCUCUCCUCCGCUUUUCCUUCGCGGCCGCAUUGGUGCUUGCAGCGCCGCCCAGCUUCUGCUCCGCGUCCACUGGUGGCUCCUCUUCCUCGCGCUCUUUUGGUUGUCCCUUGGAUAUGAGUUGGUGGAAUUUAACUGCAGCAAAUUCUGUAUGUUCAAAUCAAAAUGAGCGAGCUAAAUGUUGCCGCUAUAUCAAUGCCUUUAUUGCAGUUUCUGUUGCUCAUUAUGCAAAUUCAACAGGAAUGUUGGGAGUUCCACCAGAGUUAUCGGAUGUUUGUUACAGUUCUAUCAAUGAAACCUUGAUAUCAAGUGGAAUGCCUUCUAAUGCAAUAAUGCUUUGUGGAUUGGGGCUUAAAAUUCGUGUCUCCUAUCAAUGUGCAGGAAGAGGAACUAUCUCAGAUAUGCUGCAGUCCCCAAAUUUUGAUGAAUUUAAUAAAAAUUGCAAGCUUGCACUGUCACUAGAUAAUAGUUGUAGGAUGUGUUUAACCUCUGGCUUAUCAUAUCUUCGACACCUUGUGGGAGAACAAGAUAAUGUUACCUUGAAUACAUGCCAUGAUGCAGCUUUUGUAGCAAUUGCAAACCAAGGGGACAACUCAUCAGUUAUUGAUCUCGCAAGUUGUUUUUUUAGUGUCAAAGUGCUGAGCAUUUAUCAAGUGAAUUCUUCAGAGUCUUCAUUUUUGUAUCUUGCCCCAGCAUCUUCACCGGCUUCAUCCCCAAUUCCUGUUCAUGACCUUUUUGUUACACCAUUUAAAGAACAUCACCGUGCAUACCAGCUCACUUUAAUUCCAGGAAUUGGUAUUAUAAUUAUUGGAGUGGCAAUUUUGUUGCUCGUUAUCAUUAUAAUACUUAUUCAAAGGAAAAAUAGACAGUUAAAAGGUGCCAACAGUCCAGACCAAAGCACAUUGUAUGCCUCCUCUUCCCAACAUGUCUGGAAGAACAAGAAAGGCACGUCACCCAUAUGCUGUAGGUACAGUUACAAAGAAAUAAAGAAGGCGACUGGAAAUUUUAGUACAAUUAUAGGACAAGAUAGAUUUGGAAUGCUGUACAAGGCACAAUUUGAUAAUGGAUUCCCUGCUGCUGUGAAACUGAAUAAUAAUCUCUCAGAACUAAGUGAGCAAGAGUUUUCUCAAGAAAUGGAAUUCCUUGGCAGAUUGCAUCACCGUCAUAUUUUGACACUAAAAGGGAUUUGUUAUUCUAGGCAGGAAAGGUUCAUGGUUUAUGAAUUUAUGGAAAAUGGAAGCCUAAAACAUCAACUUCAUUCUUCAUCUGGGAGAACUCAAUUAGCAUGGAAAACUAGAGUUCAAAUUGCUGUUGAUGUUGCCAAUGCUCUGGAGUACCUUCACUUUUAUUGUGAUACCCCUAUUUGUCAUGGGGACCUAAGGCCAAGCAAUGUCCUUUUGGAUAAGAACUUCUUAGCAAAGGUUGCAUAUUUUGGUUUGGAACAUUCUACAACAAAUGCUAAAAGAUUCUUAGAUCAUAAUGAGAAUGCCUUGGGAGCUUCAGGGUAUCUGGAUCCAGAGUAUAUGGUUUCCCAGAAAAUGACUAACAAGAGUGAUGUAUACAGCUUUGGGGUACUGCUGCUAGAACUUGUGUCUGGAAAGCAGGCAUUUGAUAACAGUAGUCUUGUCCAGUGGUUUCAAGAUCUAGCCGACACUGGACUAACUGAAUUGGCGGACCCAGCAAUUGCAGAUACCGUCAAUCUGGAGCAGCUCCAUGUGGUUCUACAGAUAGCAAAUAUGUGUACUCAGAAGGAAAGCAGAGAACGGCCGUCAAUCAAACAAGUUCUGAGGAUGCUGUAUGAGCAGUUGGAUCCCUUAUAUAUCGGCUUUGCAAAGGCUGUGCAAGAUGAAAGAUGUUAUGGUGGUGGAAGAUUAUUCAUUGAGAAGCAGCCGGUGAAUGAGAUCAUUGCUUUCAGUGGAGAUGCUAGAUGUCUUCAAUCUUCAUCAAGCACUUCGAGAUCCUACUGCAGUCGAAGCAUAUUGCUUGAAUGCAAUUCACCGCAGUCCCCACAUGGUAUUUAGUCCAUCUAUUACUAUAUCAGCCACAUGAAUUUUGUUUGUUCCUCCAUCAUUUGGCGACCAAAGAAUUACAAGUGAUGGUUACGAAUAGCGCAUUUGUUCUGUUUUUUUUUUCAGUACUUAUGAAUACCUUAAUUAUUUGCGUGUCCAUGAGUAUUUAUUUUUCUUCUACUGAUUCUACAGCAUUCUUCUAUCAUGUUACUACUGUACUUAAUUCUCUUCGUUGCUUAUAUGAGCUAUUAGGAAUGUCUUAGGUGUGUGUGCGAUUCAUGUAUUUUUGCACAACAGUAGUUGAACCGUUGAGGGAAAUACAUCUGAAUGCUUUGCCACU